AAAUGGAAAGGAAAAGGAAAUUACUUGGGCAAACCCAUCGAUUCCUAUAGAACGAAUCAGCACCGUCCGUUCAUCUGCCCGGUGAUGGCGAACCACCCCCUCUCCGCCGGAGUCAGACGUUUUGUGGUCGGGACACGAACUCUUUGUAGCACAGUUGCUUCACGCGCUUCGACGUUGCACGUGUCGUUCUUGCGCAAGCUCAAAUCCCCAAAGCAGAAUCCAUUGCCGGUGCUUCAAAAUUGGGUGGACGAAGGCAACGAUGUUUCACCCUCCCAGUUCAGAAGCAUCGCCAGAACCCUAGUCAAAUCGAAGCGCUACCACCACGCCCUUGAGUUAUUUAAGUGGAUAGAAAAUCAGAAGAAUUUCCGUAUGAUCCCAGUUGAUCAUGCUAUGAAAUUGGAGUUAAUCAUUGAAAAUUAUGGUUUAAUGGAAGCUGAAGAAUAUUUUAUGAAUCUACCCGACUCGGCUACAAAGAAGGCGGCUUGUCUCACACUUCUUUGUGGAUAUGUAAGAUAUAGGGAUACUACUAAGGCUGAGGCUUUAAUGGUGAAGCUCUAUGAGUUGGGGCUAGUGGUGAGUCCUCACCUUUUUAAUGAGAUGAUGAAGCUGUAUCUAGUGACCUGUGAGUACAGGAAGGUGCCCCUUGUUAUCCAGCAAAUGAAGCGGAAUAAAAUACCCUGCAACGUUCUCUCCUACAAUCUUUGGAUGAAUGCCUAUAGUGAGGAAGAAGGAUAUGGGAUUGCAACAGUAGAGGCAGUUUUUAGACAAAUGCAAAAUGACAAGAACGUUGAAGUGGGAUGGAGUAGUCUUGCUACAUUGGCCAAUGUUUACAAGAAAGCAGGGCAACCUAAGAAAGCCAUUCUGGUUCUCAAAGAUGCUGAAAAGAAACUGACUACCUGUAAUCACUUCGGUUACUUCUUCCUCAUAACACUAUAUGCUUCUUUGAAGGAUAAGGAGGGAGUCUUGCGGUUAUGGGAAGCUAGUAAGGCAGUUGAUAAAAGAAUCAGUUGUGCUAACUACAUUUGCAUACUAACAUCCUUGGUGAAGCUCGGGGACAUUCUGCAAGCCGAGAGAGUCUUCUCAGAAUGGGAAUCUAAUUGUCAGAAGUAUGAUAUCAGAGUCUCUAAUGUUCUUUUGGGUGCAUAUGUGAGGGAUGGAUUAAUGGAAGAAGCUGAAUCAUUACAUCUCCACACGUUGCAAAAGGGUGGCUGUCCAAACUAUAAGACAAUGGAAAUUCUUGUAGAAGGAUACGUGAAUAGGAAAAAAAUAGACGAGGCUUUUAUUGCAAUGAAAAAAGCUUUGGCUAUGACAAAAAAUUGUCAUUGGAGGCCACCACAUGAACUUGUGCUGGCCAUUGCGGAGAUUUUGGAGAAAGAUGGGAAUCUUGAAUAUGCAAACAAUUAUAUUACAUAUAUCAAUAAUUUUGGUCUUGCUAGUUUACCAUUGUAUAAAAUAUUGCUAAGAAUGCACAUUUAUGCCAACAAACCACCUUUACAUAUCCUUAAAAUGAUGGAUGAAGAUAAGAUUGAGAUGGAUGAUGAGACACGUUCCAUUGUUAAAGCUUUCACUUUGUAGGCUGAAAAGUUUGGAGGUGAAGCAGUAACCUGGAAGUUGAUUUCAUUCUUGGUAAUCCUUUCCUUAGUAAACAAGUUUAACUUUUUCGUACCUAAGAAGAUAAGACCAUUUUUUAAUCAGUCAAAGAAACUAACAUGUGUUCUUUUUUAAUACAGCUGCUUACUAGAUACCCAACAUCUUUAGUUAUAUAUUUUUGUAAGUUCCACAAGUAGCAAGCUUUUUCAUAAUCACAUUGAUGUUCAAUUCCCAUAAUUUUCGAACUUGUUGAAAUAUAAUUUUCGUAAUUA